AUGAUCCUCAAAUCCCUUUUAGUUGCCUACGGGCUUCUUUCUACGGCACAAGCCAUUGCCCCGUUUGGCUGGAAUAACGAUACUUUCCUCCUUCAUGGCAAACCUCUCCAAAUUAUCGGGGGUCAAAUGGACCCGCAACGCAUUCCCAAUGAACUCUGGGCAGACCGUCUCUCCAAAGCACGGGCAAUGGGUCUGAAUACCAUCUUCUCCUACGUUUAUUGGGACCAACUCGAGCCUUCAAGGGGUACAUGGGACUCGAGCGGCAACAACGAUAUUGCCCGUUACUUCAAGACAGCGCAGGGACAGGGGUUGAACGUUGUUCUUCGUCCUGGCCCGUAUAUCUGUGGCGAGCAUGAAUGGGGAGGAUUCCCAGCUUGGCUGAGUGAGGUUCCUGGGAUGGUUGUUCGCGCGAAUAAUAAACCCUUCCUCGACGCGACUCAAUCUUACAUUGACAAUCUGGCAAAAGAUCUGGAGUCUCUCUCAAUCAACAAGGGCGGGCCUAUCUUGAUGGUCCAGGUUGAAAACGAAUACGGCUCCUACGGCGAUGACCAUCAGUAUAUAGGCGCGCUGCGAGACAUGUUAAAAAGCGCAUUCGGUCUACCACUGUACACCAAUGACGGUGGUUUAAAGUCGAUGCUGGAUGGUGGCCAGAUUCACGGGGCCUUGGCCGAAACAGACGGGGACCCCAAAGCAGGAUUCGCCGCUCGCAAUCAGUAUGUCACCGAUCCAACCAGUCUCGGUCCACAGCUUGAUGGAGAGUACUACGUGACCUGGCUAGACCAGUGGGCUAGCAACAACAGCUUUACAACGGAUUCAGGUGAUGCUUCAAGCAUACAGAAUAUCCAGUCUGACCUUGACUGGAUCCUGAAGCAGAACGGUUCAUUCAGUCUGUACAUGUUCCAUGGAGGAACGAAUUGGGGAUUCCAGAAUGGAGCUGACUGGGGUGACGCUUUGGAGCCUGUCAUCACGAGCUAUGACUAUGGUGCACCUCUGGAUGAGAGUGGCAGGCCAAACGACAUAUAUGAUGCUAUUCGCCAGACUAUUGGCUCCUACGUUGGUAUUGACAACAUCCCACCAGUACCGGCGGACAAGCCGUUGGUUGAAAUUCAGCCUAUCAAGUUGACACCAUCUGUGAGUCUGUCUGAUUCUCUGCCAAAGCCCGUUCGGAAGCAAUAUCCCGUCAAUAUGGAGGCCGUUGGUCAGUCAACUGGAUUUACAUUGUAUCGACAUGUCAUUGGUUCCGCUACGGCUGGUACUCUCCAGCCUGGAGAUACUCCGAGAGAUCGAGUCCUUGUCUAUGUAAAUGGCCAUCGAGUGGGAGUCAUUGAUAACUCCUACGCCGCACCGAGCAGGGUCACUCUGAACCUGAAGAAACAAGAUGUCUUGGACUUAUUAAUCGAGAACAUGGGACGAGUCAACUACGGUCCCAGAAUCGUCGAUCAGCGUAAGGGAAUCGUUGGAAACGUCACCGUUGGUGAAGCCGUCCUCGCAAAUUGGGACAUAUACCCUCUCCCAAUGAGCAUGCCACCUAGUCCAACAUCUUCCAAGGCGAAGCCACCGCAUCCUUCAGCCGGUUCUGGUCCAAUCUUCUACACUGGCACCUUCGACGUGGAUACAGUGGGUGACACAUUCCUCGAGCUUCCAGGAUGGACCAAGGGCGCUGUCUGGGUGAAUGGGGUGAACUUGGGCCGAUACUGGAUUAUUGGACCGCAGCAAACCCUGUAUCUGCCUGGGGUUUAUCUCAAAAAGACUGGAAACAAGAUUGAUGUCCUUGCAUUGGAGCCUACAGGGAACGAGGGAUCGAUUAGCGGUGUCACGUCUAGAAAAUGGGGGAACCAUCCUGAUCCAGAUGCUCCAUGA